CGUCGGAAAGGAGGGAGGCAAUGGAGUUGGCGUUUGGACCUCUGUUAUCCUUCCGGCCUACAAAGACGGACACCCGCGAAACUGAUGGUUCUCAAGCAAGUCGCCAUGGCCCGUUCAAGCUACACCAUCAAGGAGGAACUCGUUCAGCGGCUUGUUGCGCCACCCAGAGAGCCCAGGUGCCAGAGCUUUCGUUGGAGAAUGAGAAACACAAUCUUCUAAGAGCUAUCCAGGACACCCAGCGAGGUCUUGUUACCAAUGCCCAUCAACGUUCUGACAUUGAAGAGGCUAUGGUGAACCUAGAGUGUUACUGUUCCGGUGCACUAAUUGAUCUGGUGAAGUUGGAUGGGACAUGGCGUCUGCAGUAUACAUCUGCUCGUGAUGUUCUCAUUCUUCUUGAGUCUGCUGCUACUCUCCCUUUCUUCCAGGUUGGGCAGAUAUUCCAAAAAUUUGAUUGCCUGGAUCAGUCAAAUGGUGGCGUCGUCUACAAUGUAGUCAAAUGGAGCAUCCCGACCUUGCUAGAGGAAGACAAUGGUGUCACUCUGCUUGUUUCUGCAAAAUUUUCCGUCCUUUCUGCUCGGAACAUUUACCUUCAGUUUGAAGAGGUAACUUUGGAAAAUAUAAACAUCAGUGGAGAGCUGCAAGCUCUAAUAGCUCCCGCGCUGCUUCCACGGUCAUUUUUGAGCUUGCAGAUCUUGCAGUUUAUUCGUGCUUUUAAGGCUCGGAUUCCUCUAGGGAAUCAAGAUAGGCGGUCAGUUGGCGGAUUAUACUAUCUUUCAUAUUUAGAUAACAACAUGCUUUUGGGGCGGGCCGUUGGCGGUGGAGGAGCUUUUGUUUUCACCAGAGCUCAACCUCUUGAGUCUUGACUAAUGGGGACAACUACACUCGAACUUUGCCUAGAUGAUAACUAUCUGCGAAGUGCUACCACAAUGACAAGGUUUUAUGCAGCCGAUGGUGAAUUUUAAUUUGAAAUUUAUUGCCAUUUCAUUUCUUUUCUAUCCUCGGCUCAUGAAUACAGAAGUAGAGCUUGAAUGUACUUCCGCCAUUAAUGUAUAUUACCCAACCAGGAUUCGCCUACAUUGGCACUUUUUCUUAAAUUUGUCUCCCUUCAGAUAAAUUCGGGAGUUCUCAGA